GUAUCAUUGAUAUUUCAUCAUUUUUAUCACCUCAUGGUUGGUGUAACACGUACCAUAGUACUAUACAAGCAAAUGGAGUAUCUAAUAAAGGCAGUUUGGAUGAAACCGAAUGGCUGAUCGGCCUAGAAGGAAGAAGUUUUUCGCCUCCAGCGUAUUGUACUACCCGAACUCUACUCGUUGCUUAAAUUUUUCUCGCUUAAUUUUGCUGUCUGGCGACGUGGAACUGAAUCCAGGCAUGGUAGAUCAACGUAAGUCAGGUUGUGUAAAGAAUCUCAAAAUGGCGCAUCUAAAUAUUCGCUCGUUGAAGAACAGAGGCCACUAUAUUGAAGUUAAAAAUCUGGUGAGCGAAAAUGACUUUGAUAUUCUAACUAUCUCUGAAACAUGGUUAAAUGGAUCAAGUGAAAUAGUAAUCCCAGGCUAUACUAUAAAGCGCCUCGACAGAAAAAAUAAAACUGGCGGUGUAAAGGAGAUCUACAAAGUCGAACAGCUAAGUAAAUUAUCGUCGAUAUCAAGCGGUGGGUUCCAUCAACUAUGGCUUGGUAUUCAAAUUAACAAACAUAAAUCUUUUAUUGUUUGCACGGCGUACAGACCGCCUGACUGUUCAUUGGAUUGUUUUGACCAGGAAUUGAGUGAAUCGUUCACCUCGGCCAUGACAUUAAGCAAAGAUAUCUUUAUUUUGGGUGAUCUAAAUUGUAACGUUCUUGAUACCAGUGAUGGCAACGCUAGACCCCUUUUGGAUUUCUGCUUGGCCUUCAAUCUUACACAGGUAAUAAAACAGCCUACAAGAUGUACCGAUUUAUCUAAAACCUUAAUAGAUGUUAUUCUAGUUUCAAAUAUGCACUUGGUAAAGUCCUCUGGAGUACAACCAGUCUCAAUCAGUGACCAUGAUUUGUCUCUAUGA